UUGAAUACCGCUUUCUCAUUGGUGGAGAUGGCUGUCCGUCAGUCUUGGUCUGUGCUGGAAUAUAUAAUCGCGUGGGUCUGCUUGUGCCACAGCGCGAGAUGGAGCAGCGCGAGCUCUCGUUUACACGUGCGGGCACUUUAGAGCUCAAACUCUGUUUUUAAUCAUUGUUUUUUUUCGCGAAGGGAAUUUCAGAUUUAUAUUGUUUCUAGUGCAAGUGCAGGUGUGUUUAUACUCGGGAUCCAGUGAGCGUGGUUCUGUCGCGUUAAAGUGUGCCGUGAGCGUUAUUUUGAUGUGUGUUUAUUUCACGCAGUCACUCACAGCGCAAGAAAAGCGGAGAAACGUUCGCACAGAGUGUGUUUGUGUGUGUGUUUACGUGUGAAUCUGUGUGUGAAGGGGAGGGAGCCUUGUAGGACUCGAGUUUCUUCUGCAUUAUUCAUGAGAUAGAUCCUCCCAGAGGCGGGAGUAUUACAUGAGAAGGGCGGACCCAAAGACUAAAGGAGGCGUGGCUUCAGAUGGACAUACAGUGACACCUGGGUCAUAUCCACAUAUACAUUUACAUAAAACUACACUAACAGGAUCACUUAAGUCAAGAUCUGUGCUGUAGAGGUGAAUGGAUGUUGACUGCAAUGUCUGUGCAAAGUGAGCUUCCGGGCAGCGGCGGGGCAGGUUUGAACGCCCACCCUCAGUCCCCACUGCAGAUGUCCUGCCCAGUCACCAUCCAGGAUGCAUUGACCGCUAACACGAUGCUUGUACAACCACCUGGCAAUCACGUGACUCCUCAAGACGGGGUCGGUGAUGCUGCCGCUCCUCAGACAGUAGAGGGCCCCGUACAGAUUAAAAAUGGCCUGCAAUCACGCGUCGAGACGCCGCAGAAACUGAAUAAGCGGCGCUACAGCAUGAACGUGGGGUUCAAACAUCCGAGUCUUUGUAAACGCAGACGCCGUGCCAACUCCGAAAGCGACCCUGUGCUGCCCAGCAACUUCCUGCUGGGUGGGAAUAUCUUUGAUCCGUUGAAUCUCAACAGCCUGAUGGACGAGGAGGUCAAUAAGGCAUUGAAUGCCGAGACGCCCAAAUCAUCGCCACUUCCCGCCAAAAACAGAGACCCUGUCGAGAUUCUGAUACCGAAAGACAUCACUGACCCUCUGAACCUAAACGGUAGCAGUGAAGCAGCGGCGAGCUUGUUGAUGUCGCCCGUGAAGAGGCGGAAACAUCGCUACCGACACCACGGAGCUGCGACUGGAGGCAGUGCCGGGCAGUUUGACCUUUUAGAUGUCGAGAAGUCAAAGGAGGGGUCAGUUUCAGUGCCAUUGUUUCCUCUUGCUGUUUCGUCAGUGUCAACAUGUGGCGAAUCUGUAGAGGGCGCUGAGCUUUUGGCACCACAGGCUGUUGAGGAGUCGCCACGCCCGUAUGAGCUCAACACGUCAAUCAACUGCCGAGAUGAAGUGGUCACACCCAUACUUCCACGAAGACGGUCCCACCCCUCCUCGUCUAGCUCUGCCCCUCACACCCAGUCCAUAGCAGUCAGCUCCGCCUCCUCCGCUCAAGCAUGCAAACACAGGAAGCGCAGAAGUACCUACAGCCAUUCGGAUCGCCUGUCAUUCACUCCCACUCUGCCCACAAAGCAUCCAAUCAGAGAGAAAUCAGACAGUCAAAUGUUUCACACUCCUGUUGUGGGCGGGGCCAGUGGAGUCCUUCCUUUGGGGGCGCAGAAGAUCCCACAGCACCAACGCAGGCCGAAAGACAAGUUCCAGUAUGGCAACUACAGCCAUUACUAUGGUUACCGUACACCGGCGCUGAACACGGACCCGCGGUUGGACAUCUUUAGGCCGGAGUGGUUUCGCGGCAAAAAAGUUCUCGAUGUCGGCUGCAGCACAGGUCACAUCACCCUCACCAUCGCACGAUACUGGAGCCCCAACCACAUUCUGGGCGUGGACAUCGAUGGCGAGCUAGUACACGCGGCCAGACAGAACCUGCGUCACUUCCUGUCAGAGUUAAGUGGACCGCAAAUUGACCGAUUGCAGUCUGGACAAACGGAGGGCGAAUCGAGAGGCGAGCAGAAUGAGCAUGCAGCAGUAGCGGGUGAAGGGUCAGAGGUCAGGGGCGGGGGUGAGCUGGGGUUAAUUCCUCUGAUGCAUCUGCAGUUGGAGCGGGUUCGAGGUUUGUCCAGGUUUCCUCUCUCGUUCACUCGCUGCAGGGGACCCAUCGCAACACCUCCCAUAAUGCCUCACGUCCCCGGCCUGUUCCCCUCCAACGUGUCCUUUCUGAAGGGUAACUAUGUGCCGGACAGUGAUGCGGCUGUGAUGUCACAGUGUGCGGAGUAUGAUGUCAUCAUGUGUUUGAGUUUGACUAAGUGGGUUCAUUUGAACUUUGGUGACGCUGGAAUUCGGAGACUGUUUCAGCGGAUAUACAGACACCUGUUACCUGGAGGAGUGCUCAUACUGGAACCCCAACCCUGGAGCUCAUACGCCCGCCGCAAGAGACUCACGGAGGUGACACACAGGAACUACACCAGUAUCCGACUGAAGCCGGAACAGUUCAGCUCUUUUCUGACAACUGAUGUGGGAUUCAGCAGCUACGAGCUCAUCGCAACACCACACAACUGUCCUAAAGGAUUUCAGAGGCCCAUUUAUCUGUUCUAUAAAGGCCCUUCGUCCAACAGGAAGUGACUUUCUGAAGCAGGAAGAGGAAGUGAAGGCAUGUGUGGACCUCUAGUGGUCGACCAGCUGAACUGUUCAAUUCAUCAGUGAUGUUUACAGUGUUCUUGUGUUGGGUUUGUUUGAUCUGGACGUCCUGAUUUGCUUUAUUUUAACCGUUGAAGUUUCUCAGUUUGAUGCAGCUGAUGUUUGGAUUCGUUCUGUCUGAUGGAGUUGUUGUCUUGAGGUCACGUGUGAACAUUAAAAACCUGAAACUGGACUGAUUUUACAGUUUGUACACUUGCACAGGAUAUGAGGCCCCUCCUCCCUUUAUCAUUAACAUAUGAGUCCACACCCACCCCCUCUUCAACGGAGGCGUGGCCUUGUACUGUGUGAAGUUGUUUUGGAGAGAGAUGUCCUGGACACUGGUGUUUCUCUCCUGUAGGGUCUGGAUUGUGACAUCAUGAUGACAUCACAUUUGUUUGUGAUUCUCAGACUGCACUGAAACUCUUUAAAACUGCUUUAACUUUUUAUUCAUGAGUGAAAUAUUUUCCUGUAGCCGAUGUUACACAAUAAACACACAG